GAAGGAAACGCACCUGCGCACUGAGUAUCCGGACGUCGUAUCUGCACCGAACGUCACUUCCGUCUUUCUUUUGGUCUCCGGACUGCCAUCAUGGUUUUCAAGCGCUACGUCCAGAUUGGCCGGGUGGCCUACGUGGCUUUUGGACCCUACGCAGGCAAGCUGGUGGCCAUCAUAGAUGUCAUUGACCAGAACAGGGCUUUAGUGGAUGGUCCGUGCACCGGCGUGAAGAGACAGUCCAUGCCCUUCAAGUGCAUGCAGCUCACAGACUUCAUCAUCAAAGUGCCCCACAGUGCCCGUCAGAAGUUUGUCCGUCGCGCGUGGGAGAAGGCCCAGGUCAACGAGAAAUGGACUCAGAGCAACUGGGCCAAGAAGAUCGAAGCCAGGCAGAAGAGGGCCAAAAUGUCAGACUUCGACCGCUAUAAAGUGAUGAAAGCCAAACGUAUGAGGAACAAGAUCAUCAAGCAUGAGCUUAAGAAGCUCCAGAAAACGGCUUCUGGAUCAAAGGCAAAGAAAGCAUAAACUCGAAUGAGAAAAUAAAACCGUUUGACAGUUUU